UCCUUGAUUGUCUUCCCUCGCAUCCAGACCCACCACCCACAAACACACACACACACCAAUGACUACAUGCAACUCAACAAUUAGAAUGCAUUUCACUGUUUGUAGAUGUUAUUCUAUUUGUCGGUGAUGUUUAUAUUUUUAUCGAUCUAUAUAUACAUGUUGUUAUUCUCUUUUUGGGGGCUUUCCGUAACAACAGAAAACAUAUGCAUGUUGUUUUGAAUUUAUUGUCUACUCCAUAAUAAGGAACGGCACCUACUAGCUACUUGUUUUUCUGAGCAUUGCUCGUAUGGAAUUCACCCAAAGACCACCAGAUCCACAGAACUAAUAACACAAGAUGUAAGUUCACAACGUUCUGCAGGCAGCUCGUUUAGGCAUCACGUGCGCCCAAUUGCCCACACAUACACGAUGUCUUCCACACACAACUAAAAGACAAGUUUGUAGCAUCAUCCUGUAGAUACAAAAACAAAUGCAUGCCACAACUUCUUAAUAUCAUCGUAAAGGUAUUGCAAACCCGACAAGCACCAUCGGCGAAAUAGUCUCCUACAAUAAUUGUCCUGACUAUGUUGAAGUAUCAUCCCCUGCAUUAAUAUUUAUUAAAGAUAAAGUAAUAUUGAUUAUCAUGAAGAAAAAUUAUAAUGGGACCUUGUUUGUGGUUUUUUUAUUUCUCUUUAUAAACGAGGACCUAUUUGGAGCCGUUUUUGCAGUGACUGUAGUACGUAGCUACGGCUGCAACUCCAUCUCACAUAUUACUGUACAAACAACGGCUGCAGCUGUUACAGUAGAUGCAGUGAACAUGCUUCAUGUAUUUACCAUCGAGAUCUGUUUCUUUUUUUGUUCACGUCCUUCUUAUUAACUGCUGGCAUGACCAAGAUUCUAAUGCUAGAUCUUGUUGUGGCUUUAGAUAGUGCUACCCACAAUUAGUAGCCAUACAAGAACAUUGGUUCCAACAAAUAAACCAUGACAUUAAGAAUAAUUUACCCCUGUGCUAGCGAUGGAAGGGCUAAACCAAGACAGAGCUCUUGGUCAAUAUUAUUUUAGCUAUAUGUCCACCUAUAAGAUGAUGUUUGUUAAUAGAUGCUAUAUGUCGACCGUCCAAAUGAGAUUAUGAGGAGCUGGGGAGUUAAUGGAGGCCACCAAAAUAGCUCUACCCAAAGUAGCCAGUUGUGUAUGCCUGCGUUCACAUAGACACAUAGUGGACUAGGCAAAGGAGGAAAAAAAGAAAUGGUUGUAUUUGCACGGAUUAAGGAAGAAAGGUCAAACUUUGGAUUUCUUUGAUACUUAUACACUGCCAUUAUUGGAACAGUCCCCAAUUUCAAAAUUCAUUCAAGCAACCAAUCAAUCAGAUUAAUCUAAAAAUAACUUGACAAACAUGAUGCAACUAUAUAAUGUUUGAAAUAGUUUGAACUCAAGUUAGUUUUUAAUAAUAUGGUUAACUUACAGUUAUCAUCAGAAUUUUUUUGCUAAGAGCACUUUCAUUUUAAUUUGUGCAUUGUACAAUAAUAUAUGUAUAAUUAUUUGAUUACCUUUUCUUUGAAACUCUAUAUGGAUAAUAACCUUUCGUUCCCAUGUGACGCAUGUGUUCCAUAGAGAAGAAAAGGUGUCAUGGGAGACCUGGACCCGAAACGACCAUCAAUAAGGACACUGGAGGAAAGCAAAUGGACUAGAUACUUCAUGCAGCCUAGCCCUUUACCUUGCUCUAGCCAGCCCAACCAAAGGAUUAUGGAUAGGCGGGAUGAACUUGUGUGGAAGGUUCGAUGCAUGAUCCAAGGGUUUAUAAGGAACACAGAAGAUUUGCUUCUAGGAAUGAAGACUGUUGAUGCCUUGCAACGCCUUGGCCUUGGCUACCAUUUUGAGGAGGACAUUUCCAAAUUCAUGCAUAUUCUUAGUAGAACUUCAAUGGGGGGAGAUGACUUGUUUGCACUCGCCCUCCAGUUCCGUCUGCUAAGACAGCAUCACUACAAUGUUGCUUCUGAAAUUUUCAACAACUUCAUGGAUGAGAAUGGCGACUUCAAAGAUGCUCUGCGAUCUAAUGUUGAUGGUUUGCUCAGUCUGUAUGAGGCAGCUCACCUUGGUAAAAGUGAUGAGGAUUUGCUCAGGAAGGCAAUAAUCUUUACCAAGGACUGCCUAUCAUCCCUAGUAAACGGUGGCCAACUGCCCAAGCCCGUCCUCCAGGAAGUGUUGCAUGCACUAGAUUUACCAACUCAGCGCAGAAUAAAGAGGCUUGAGGCCAAGCUCUACAUCUCCAUCUACGAGAAUGGUGAUGAAAGUAAUCAAGAUAUAGUUGAGCUUGCUAAGCUUAACUUUCACAUGUUGCAGCAAAUGCACCGUGAUGAAGUCAGGACUAUCUCACUGUGGUGGUACAACGACCUAAAUCCUAGUAGCCUUGGUCCGUAUAUGCGAAAACGGCCAGUUGAGUGCUACUAUUGGGCUUUGGGUAUUUUCUACGAACCCCAGUAUGCUAAGGCACGGAUAGUGUUAACAAAACUGUUGACAUUAUUGACAAUGUUUGAUGAUAUAAUCGAUUCAUAUGGAACCAUGGAAGAGGUUCAUCUGUUUAACCAAGCAGUCCAAAGUUGGAAUGAAGAAGCUGCUAAACAGAUUGGGGACGGCUACUGGUAUUUAAUUUUCCAUAUUUCCAAGACUCUUGAAGAAUUUGUGUCAAAGGAUGGUGGUUCACCCAUGGCAAUUGACUGUUUCAAGGAAACUUUGAAGGCGGGAAGCAAGGCUAUGGUACAAGAGUUGGUAUGGCGAGAAGAGGGACAAGUGCCAACAGUGCACGAAUAUCUCAAGCAGGGUGCUGCAGUGAGCAUAUUGUACUGGCCAAUAGCCGUCAUAUCCUUUGCUGGAAUGUUCCCAAGCGAUGAUGAAAUUUUCACAUGGGCUGGCUCCUAUCCCAAAAUUAUAGAAAGUUCAACAACCUUGUGCCGCUUGAUGGACGAUGUUGCUGGACACGAGAAUGAGAAAGAAGAAAGAAGCAAGUGUGUUACUGCAGUCGAGUGCUAUGUAAGGGAGCAUGGUGUCACUGUUCAAGAAGCAAAACAAGCAUUGACCUGCCUUGUAGAUGAGCAAUGGAGGUGCAUCAAUCAGGAAUUAUACAAAAGCGAUCAAGCAGUACCAAUUGCAUUGCUAGAUCCAGUGUUAGACCUUGUGCGUGUGAUGGAGGAGGUGUACAAAGGAGUUGACAUGUACACCAAGUGCUCUGGAGUGGUAGACCCAAUACAUAAGCUGCUCAACGAGUGUGUCGAACAUUGAGGAUGAUUCCUGGCGAUGGGAAAAAUGCAUGUACUAGCAUGCUUUCUGUCUAUUGCUGUGUGGUCUAUCCUACAUGUGUAAUGCAUAUUGUGUAUGUAUGCAAACUCUGUCUAUUCAGCAUAUACAUGACAAAGCAUGGCAUGCUAUAUACAUAAUGCUUUCGUGUGGAGUGCUAUAUACAAGACUCCUUGUAAUCACAAACCUUUGUGUAUGUCAUGUAUUCUUCAUGCUAGUGUUUGAUAAUAAAUUAUUUGUCUUGGGUA